AUGUCUAAGACUAUGGAGAACAACAACCAAACCGACGCCGAUAAGCAGUGCGAACCAACUCAAUGGACUGAUAGUUUCUUAACUGAAAAAGACAGAGAGGCUUGCAAGUACAUUUCUAGAGGGUUAAAGCAUAUUUAUAGUAUUAAGCAAGAAGACGGUGAUCUGGACAAGAAUAAGCAACCAUCACCUGAUAACAAAAUAUUCAAGCAGACCAUGUUAUGUGCAGUACUCAAUGUUUACGCUGAUCUCCUGGAGGAGAGAACAAAGGGAACAUGUCCUGUUACAGAGGAAAGAAUAAAACAAAUGUUUCGCAAAGGGAAUGAGAACAGAGACUCCUGGUGUGCAGAUAAGGAGAAGAGUGGUCCAUGUAUUGAAUGUAGAAGGGAUAAGACCUAUGAAAAUUGCAUGGUAGGCGACAACGGCAGCAAUAGAACCAAUGUAAAGGACAAAUUAAAGGACAUGCUCGAGAAGGAUCGCCCAAUACAAAAAACUCUAAGUACUAUAGGUACUAUAAGUAACUUCUGCACACGCCUGCAAUGCGUAAGCAAGAAAUGGGGUAUAAACAGAGAUCAGGAUCCAACCUGGGAUAACAUGCAGAAGGACAUCAAUGAUAGGGCCACAGAAAUGUUUACUAAAAUAUCUGAGGAUAGCACAAAUGUGCGAAGCUACUGUAAAAAUACAGGUACAGGUAGUAGAAGAGUCACGGACCCAGAGAUAAAAGCAUGUAAAUACAUUACGGCAGGAUUACAGUACAUAUAUAAUAUUAAGAAGGAAAUUAAGGAUAAGCACCCCGAAGAUUACCGGUUAUUUAAGCAAACAAUGUUAUGCUUAGUUCUAAACGCAUAUGCAGAUGAAUUGAAAAAGCACGUUACAUCUCCCUGUACGGUCGGCGAGGAAACAAUACAACAAGCAUUCACUCAAGGGAAUAACCACAUUUCGAGUUGGUGUGAGGAGGGGAGAGUUAAUUGUGUUAAGUGUGAAAGGGUUGCAGACUAUAAGGAUUGCCAAAUAAGCGAUAACGGGAAAGAAGAAAAAGUAGAACCUAAGUUGAAUGACUUGUUCAAGGAUAACAACAGAAAAAAUGAAUUAGAUAAAGCUAUGAGUGAUAUAAAUAAAUUAUGUGAUCGCGCACAAUGUGUAAUAACACAAUGGUCAAGGGACAAAUCAUUGCCGAAACAUAGGAGGUGGGAGGUUUGUAAGAAUUCUUAUUUGUCAUCAAAGUCUAAUUUUAUAUAG